AUGCGGCGCAUGGGCGCGCCGUUCACGAACGUCUUCGCCCGCGACUCGGCCAAGCCCUGCCAGAAGGUCAUCGAGGCUGCGCACAAUCCUGGCAAGUUCUUCACAGGCAUAACAGAGCGCACCCCUGAAGAGGAAGAGGAUACUGACGUCUACGCGUGGACGCCACCGCGCCAGGGUUUAAGCCAGAACUGUCUUCGUCAGGGAGUCAAUGGGCCAAAGCAGACUGGCCAGCUUACCAAAAAGGCCAUGCAGUACAUCAAAAACAAGAAGCGCAGGGUGUCGAUCUUCGAGAACGUUUUCACGCUGACCCACAAAAGGCUCAAGCCCGUGCUGGAUGGCAUCAUCAAGGGCUUGAUCAGCAUCGGCUACACUGUGAACUACAGCGUGCUCGAUUCACGCGACUACGGCAUUCCACAAAAUCGCCGCCGGGUGUUCGUGGUGGCCAUCAGGAGUGCUUCGACUUCGGGGCGCCACCCUCGUUCCACGCCCAUCCUGGUUGACAUCGUCGCUUCGCCUGAAUUCGCAGCCUACGGCAUCGACGAGGCCAAGACCAUCGCCAGGUCAAGGGGCGGAGAUGGUGGGCCUUGGAUUUUUACGAGGGGGCGCCGCACAACCCCGACUGAGUUGAUCAAGCUACAGGGUUUCGAGCUGACUGAUAUCCCGUGGACGACGCUGAAGAUCAGCCAGCGCCAGUUGGGCCAGCUCAUCGGCACCGCUGUUUCCGUGAACACGAUUGGGGCAAUUCUCGAGGAGGCCCUGUGGAGCUCAGGUUUGGUCGAGAAGAAGGAUGAGCACACCGACAAGGCCAAAGCGUGGCUUGCAUGGGUGGACAGCGAACGAUGUUUAAUGUUUGCGAUGAUGGCAGACGUGGCUGACGAAGGGAUGUGCUUGACGAGACUGCUUGAUAAUGAAGACGUUGGCACCGCCUGUCUCAAUUCAGAAGUGCUCCUGUUCAUCGGAAAGGUCGUGUCAAUGUUUGGUGAGAGCGAGCGGUGCUUAACUAUUUUCGGUUACACUUCGGUCAUGAUGAACCUCCUCAACGAGUACGUGGUUUGGCACGUCAACGACGACUCUCGGAGCAUAGGUUUCGAGCGCGGUGCCCCUGUCGACAUUGUCAACAGGUGCAUGGAGAGGAUGAGGUCUUACGUGGUCCUGGCGCGCGCAGCGCUGGCAGCUGAGUUUCCAAGUUUCGAGAUGAGCCAGGCCGCGGACAUCAAUCCAACUAGGCUGCAGGUUCAGUGGGAACAUGGGUGCCCGAGGGCUCGCCAACAACAGCAGAGAGGUCUGUCGAAGAAGGAAGCUUGGAGAUAUGUGAUACAGAAACUAGGGCAGCAGAGACUAGCGCUGCGGCGCGACAUCGACGAUCUGAGAUCAGCUUUGGUUGCAUAUGUGGCCUUUGGAAUCAGCACGUCGGGGGUGGAGCAGAAGUUUAGCCUGGCUGCGCUCAAGUUUAACUGUCGCCAACUCUCCUCAGACGCGUGCAGCGAGGACAGGUUUCUCAAUAUCGCUCUGGACUUGCCCAAUCGUGACCUCAACAAAGUCAAUGACGGCGUCAUCCAUGCGAUUCGCUGUGAAGCAAAUGUGAAGAUGCGCACAUUGGCGGAGGCGGCGCGCAUCCUGAUUGACGACGACACGUUCCAGCAUCACGUGCACAAGGACUUCAGCGACCUGACCCUGAUCGCAGCCCAGUGUCCGGGCGCUGACGGCCGCAGCGACAUGCUGAUCAUGCUGACCGAGGAGAUCGAGCGCACCCAGCAGAUGUGGCGGGCGGCCGAAUGGGAGUUUACCACUGGGCUCAAGAAGGAGAUGAAGGCCAAAUGGGACGAACUCCACGGUAAGCGUCAGGGCGAGUUCAGCGAGAAGUUCGACCAGGGCGAGUUCCGCAGGGCGGUUCGCCCGGGCCCAACGAUUGCCGCCGCGACCAACCGCAUGGCGGCCGACGACGGCGGCGCCAACAUUAUCUACACCUUGGCAAUGGCCAUCCUCGUCGGCGGCGCAGUCCAGAGCGCGAUUGCGAUAUGGCUCUGGGAGCGGGAGCCGGGUGGCCCGACGCCUUCCGACGAGGACGCGGCUCAAGCCAUGAAGAUCCACCGGGAAGUCGACAAGGCGCAUGCGAUGGCGAAGGACACGGUCAGCCACAUGAGCGGGAUUGGUGCCAUGGCCAAGAUGAUGGGGCAGAUGUUGACGGCGCGCCGGAAGAUGCUCUUCAUUACCAAGAAUGUCUUGCUUGGGUAUGGUGAUCUGCGUUAUGCUGCCCCGCUCCGCAUUUUGCCGCCCUCGGCUUAUCGGUUGCGGGCCAGGCUGAUCAGGGGGCCAGCUGCCCAAAUGGACCACAUCGCGGCGAUGUUGAUCCAGAUCAAGCUUCUUCAGAGGAUUGCGGAAGAUCCCGGUGACGCCGCAGAUUCUGCGUUGGGCCCGUGGGCCGACGAUGCCGACGCCGACGCCCCGUGCGCCUCUGAGGCGGUUGUGCACAGCCUCCAGGACGUCGACGGCGGCGGCGACCGAACCUGGAGCUGCAGCCGCGCCACGGGCCCCUGCAGCGGGGGCGGGCGCGGCAUUCCCAUCGCUGGGCGCGACGGCGCCCGCCGCGUGCACAGGGGGCGCCGCGGCCGCGGCCGCGCGGCGGCGGUCUGCAGCGCCUCCGCCGAAGGCGCCGAGCUCGCGCCGCCGCCGCCUGCCCUCGGGGUUUGGCCCUCGGGGGCGACGCUGCGGGGGGGAGGACUGGCUCAGGCUUUCGAGGUUCGAGGCAUUGAGGGCAUAGUGGAGAUCACCUUCCAAGAGCGGGUGGAGCACAGCCGCCGAAAGUUUGCCGCCGGGCUGGACGAGAGCUCGCAGGCGGCGCCCAGCCCAGGGUUGGCGGGCAUUGGCUCCCCGCUGCGCGCGCGCCGAGCGGGUUUCUCGAGGACUCGCCUUGUGGGCGCCCCCGUUGGCCCGCUCGUGGGCGCGCCCGUGGGCGCCUCGUGCGCUUGCGCCGCGCAGUCAUCGCUGGCCAACGCGGCCUCGCCGACGUGCGGCGGCAGCCUCUGGAGCUCCUACAGGUCACAGGUGCUUCUUUUGCCAACGGGCCAAACAUUCAGAAUCGCGGUCCUCGUCAUGGGCAUGCCAGGGAGGUGGGUCGCCGUGGCGAGCGGCGCCCAGGUCGACCGUGAGCUGAGGCGCUGGCUGGUGGGCGGGAGCAGCGCGUGGAGUGUCCGCCUGGGCACCACCACCCUCACGGCCGAGGGCACCAGCCUGCGCCCGGUCCAGCUCGCGGAGCGCCUGCAGCUGGCAGGAAGCAUUAACUACCUCAAGGUCUCCACCAAGACGCUGGCCGCCGCCUCCCGAGUCCUGGUGGGGGCACUGGUCGGUGCCGCCGCCUCCCCGCCGCUCCGCGCGGAGGCCCGCGGGGUCUCGCUCCGCAUCGGCCCGCGCCCCUGCCCGGGCGCGGCGUGGGCGGGCCCCGAGGCGCAGAGGGCCGCCCCGAGGCUAGGCGGCUCCCGCGACGAGCUGUCGGGAGCGCUGGGGGCCGCGGAGGUUCUCUGCGGCUUUGAGCCGAGGUCGCCAAAUCGGAUCGCUUCGAACGUCUAG